ACACACACACACACACACACACACACACACACACACACACUUCUCCUCCUCCUUUUCUUCACAUUGCUCCUUUAUGUGUGUGUUUAGCCAUUCUGGCUCAUUUUGCUUCGGUCUCUAUUAUUGCUCUUUGUCGUCGCAGCACAUCAGACCUUCUGUCUCUCUGGGAGUUUGUGUCGGAGGGCUUCUUAAGACCGGUCCUCCAAAGUUGUCAGACAUGGAGGAGGAUGACCGGUACGGCCAUGUCUGAAGAGCUAAUCAGCCGAUUAUCACAUGCAGCUCCACACAGUCACAGACAGAUAACCCCCUGAAUCUUAGACCAGCAGAUGUUCCUUUAACUGAGAAUUCUUAACUGAUUCUCAUAGGAGGUUUUAUUUUUAUUUAGAAUUUAAUUAUUUUUAUUUUUUGAAAAUCAUGGAGGUAAUGACCAAGUCUGUGUCUGUAGAAGUGCCAGUCCUACUGCACACACUUACUUGGGAGUUUUUUGUUUCCAUGAGUUUAUAUUUCCGCUCAGCUUUGAAACAGGGCUGCAAGUUUUUAUAUAUAAAAACAAAAAGAUUGUUUUUGCAGUAAUAAAAACAGCCCAUUGAAGCACAAAUGAAUCGUCAUAAAUGAAUCACCUAAACUUCAUCCUGAGACUCUAAUAUUCAGUAAUACAUUUUCAUUUCCAAAGCUAAACUCAUAAUUAGCCAGACCCCUCAGAAUUAGAUGAAAGUUUGCUGUUUCUGCUCAAACAGAGGAAACAGCAGCACUCAGAUAUACUGACUGUAUCUAAUCAAUCAGCCAUCGCUAAGUUAAGAAUGUUAUUGGGAUUGCUGGAUUAGCAUUAUUUGUGAGGUUUGCACAUUCCUGUAUUAAAACAAAAUAUAAAUGCAUCCAUACUUUAUGGGAUUCUCACACUUUGCUUUAUUUAUUGAUUAUCAAAAUCCCAGCCCAUUCAUUCUCUAUAUAAAUAAUAAUUUAUAUUUCUAUGUAGUCCUGUUCUUCAAACCCUUCUACUGCUAAUAGCUCAGCCCCCACCUCCCAAAGGGCCAUCAUUUAUUUACCUAACUCAGCAGCCUCACAAAGGCAGAUGCAUGUUGGACUGGUGCUGAUGCUGAUCUUGAUGGCUCACGAUGGGGGGGGGGGGGGCAGUUUAGUUAAUGAAUUGGUAGAAAGAGGAUGAAUAGCAGUACAUGGCUUUGAGCAGAAGGUUACUGAUCAAUAUGAAUAUGUUGUUAAAGACGGUAUGCUUUUGUGGUUUCCCAUGAAAUCAGAGGUGAGUAAAAACAUUUAGAGAGCAGCGAUAAGCUGCAGAAACAUGAGUUUAGAUGCAGAGCAUCCAAAAUAUUUGCUGAUUUGUUUUCAGAAAUGUCAUUAAUGAUUAAAAAUUUCUAUUCUUCAUGUUGGUACUGACCAUAUCUGCUUGUCACAUGCAAUAAACCAGAGCACUUCCAAAACAAACUUUAAACACUUACAGCCUUUAGUUUCAGUCAGUUCAGAAAUCAGUCGAACGUCCAGAGAAUCCAGGCAAAAACUUCACAAAUGAGAUGAAAAGUAUAAAAUAAGAGAAAAAAAUUAACGGCAAGGAGGCCAAAGACAUCAUUUUACAAGCUAGACAAGAAUCAAUGAAAGAGAAAAGAUGGAGAUAAAAGGGAGGGAUGGAAGGGAAAGUACAGCUGGGUCGUUUCACCCUGAUAGAUUCCCGCAGGGUCACCUUUGAUUUGGUGUCUUCACUCAGUCAGAGCAGCAGUUAUGAAGUCUCUGAGCCGACAUGAAAAGCAGCUUUUAGUCUCUGUUGUUUUAAAAGCAUUUUGUUUUACAUUUCUAUUCUCGUCCCCAACACUGGACGUUCAUUCAAGCAUCCUUUUUCUUCCCUUCGGUGUUAAUCAUGUUUCUGUAAUUAAAGUUUCAUUUGAAUUGAAUCUUUAGGUGUAUUUAUUUUCUUCCUCUGUUUGUGUCUGGCUGGAGGUGUCCGGGCUUCAGAGCUUUCUCUGCUCCAACACACCUGACUUUAAGGAGCGGCUUCUGCAGAACGUUCGGGACACGAUGAACAAAUGAUUCAUCCGAUGAGCCAGGUCUGCUGGAGCAGAGAAACAACUAAAACCUGCAGAUGAGCUGUCAGGACAGGGCUGCCUCAAGAAGGUUUUCUAAGUGAUGUGAGCUGUGUAAUCUGGGGUAAUCCCAGUAAAACUCCAGCUGUAUGAGUAUUAAUAAAUCAUCUUCUGACCAGAACUCCUUCCUGCUAUAAAUAACAACAAUAAAUAAGCAACUAAAGAUGUCCAAAUCCAAUAUGAGUCUUGUAAAAUUAAGUUUCUGCUAAUUCUUAAUCUGGUGAUUGCUUUACUUUGUUUUUUAAUGACACACAGUUCCAAAGGUUGGUUGCUAGAAUUCCUAAAUUCGCAAAAUAAUCUAAUGUUAGAUUUAUUACCUAGUUUUAGGAAUUCUAGCCAGUUUUGCCUACCCUACUGGUGGAGCUGUUUACUCAAAACUAAACAAUAGGGUCAUAUUUAGGAAUAUUUACCGUCGUCUAAGUUGUGCUGUUUUUACAAACCAGAUGUUUUUGUAGACUAAAAAUGAAAAACAUGUCCCAAAAAAUGUUUUUUUUUUUUACUUUCUUGGAAAUCGGUUUUUGCAGUGUAUUUGCUAAUAUUUAGCCUACUUAAGAUAAAAAUGAAAAAAAAGAGGUAGCUUUUCCACUUUUUGUUUCUGAGGUUGUCAUGAAGGUAUUUUUAGUUCCUUAUAAUAAUUUUCCCCUUACUGUCCGGUGUUCCCAGGUCCAGGGUCACAUGCCUCCUUUGAUGAUCCCAGUAUUUCCUCAUGACCAGCGUUCCCUGGCUGCUGCUGCCGCCGCUCAGCAAGGCUUCCUUUUCCCACCCGGCAUGUCCUACAAACCAGGAGAGAAUUACCCAAUGCAGUUCAUUCCAUCAACAAUGGCAGCUGCAGCAGCAUCUGGACUCAGCCCGCUACAGCUACAGCAGCUGUAUGCCGCACAGCUGGCAAGCAUGCAGAUCUCACCAGGAGCUAAGAUGGCUCCCCUCCCGCAGGCUCCUCUCUCCUCUGCUCCUCUCUCCCCCUCCAACCUAAAGAGCGAGAAACAAUCAUCUAGUCCCAUCACACAGAUAAAGGAGGAAGGAUCCACGCAGCCGUUGAACCUCUCAGCCAGACCCAAGACAGCCGAAUCUCUUCGCUCUCCAACGUCCCCGACACAGAGUCUGUUCUCUGGAACCAAGAGCAGUCCGACCAGCCUGGGCAAAGGCCGCAUCCCCAGCCCCAUCCCCAGCAUGGGCAGGAACUCCUCCCUGGACAUCCUCGCCAACCUGAACUCUACAGCCUUAUUCGGGGACCAAGACACAGUGAUGAAGGCCAUUCAGGAGGCCAGAAGCAUGAGGGAACAAUUCCAGAGGGAGCAGCUCCACCAUCAGCAGCAGCAGUCGGGACACCAGAGCCUGGAGGCCAAACUGUCCGCACUCAGCAGCAUGAGCCUGAACAACAGCAACAAGGAGCGGCUGCACUAUGAGUCCCUGAGCCAGCACCUUGGGAAGCUCGGAGAGGAUGCUGGGAAGAUGGUCCAUCGAGUCAUAGACCUGACAAGACCAGAGGACCUGGAUGGGAGUAGCAUUACAGAGGCACGAGUGUUCAGGGAGGCACGGGGCAGGAGCAACAGUGAGCCCCACAUCAAGAGGCCCAUGAACGCAUUCAUGGUUUGGGCUAAAGACGAGAGGAGGAAGAUCCUGCAGACCUUUCCUGACAUGCACAACUCCAACAUCAGUAAGAUCCUUGGUUCCCGCUGGAAAGCCAUGACCAAUCAGGAGAAGCAGCCAUACUACGAGGAACAAGCCCGCUUAAGCAAGAUCCACUUGGAGAAAUAUCCCAACUACAAGUACAAGCCCCGACCCAAGAGAACCUGCAUCAUCGACGGCAAGAAGCUGCGCAUCGGAGAAUACAAGCAGUUGAUGCGCUCACGGCGUCAGGAGAUGAGACAGUUUUUUGUGGGGCCCCAGCCACAGAUUUCCCUCAGCAACAGUCCAGGAGGUGUAGGAGUUUAUCCAGGUGCAAUAACCAUGGCAACAGCCACACCAUCCCCACAUCUGACCUCAGACUGCUCAAGCAACUCAGUCAGCCCUGAACCCACCAUCCCAGUCAUCCAGAGCACAUACGGGGUGAAGUCUGAGCCUGGUGGAGGCAGCAACGGAGGCGGGGUGGGAGCCCUGGAUCUGCCUGGUGACCCCACCAACGGAGAUGAUGAUAUGGACAUGUACGAGGACUAUGAAGAUGAGCCUAAAUCAGACUAUAGCAGCGACCGCGAAACACGGGAGGCUGUCGGCGCUAACUGAGCACCAGUAGGGUGCCACACAUCAAAGGAAAACUGUCCUUUUACAUGGAGACAAAUGGUGAAGAAAGUUUAUAACAGACCUUCAGGCACACUUUCACGACACCGUUGACCGAACGCGUCCAGCUGAGAUCUGAACUGUACAGACCUGCACAAAACCUGUCGGAGCUGUCUGUCACCUGCUGGACAAUCAGGCAGACGGGGGAGGGGCCGUCCCAGGAGCACAACCUCAACAAUCAUUAGACAUCCAGCUGACAAUGAGCUUCGGUUUCCCACUCUUUGACAAUCUUUUGAAAAAAGCGUUAGACGACGGGGUAAAUGGGACUAGAACAAAAUAGCAACAUACACACACGUCACUGUGUGGUUUGUUGAGAGCGUGCAUGAGUUUUCAGCCUUACACGCUGCUCUUUGACAGCUAUUUGGUCUUACAUGUUUAAGGAGUGUGUUCGUUUUAUUAUCAUUUAUUUACAUUUUGUGUUUUAAUUUUGUUUUCUGACUUCUCUGACAGGUCCCUGCCUUGACAAACUCUGGAAUGUCAGAACUUGAAAUUGGGAAAAUUUUUAAUAUAAAAUCUAGCUCUUGUAAUGGUACAGUCUUACCUUUGUUGAACAAGUAUACAGUGCUACAUCUUUUUUCUUUUUGACAAACUGCUUACAUUACAUUACUGGUAGAUUAUAAUUAUUAAUUUUAA